AUGGGGAUUAGUGAAGGUCGUCUGCAGUUGCGGAAAGAACUGGUCGAGGAACUAAAACGCACCGCGGCCGUUACUGAAGAAGUGCCAAUCGUCAUAGGGGAUGAAUUUAUCAAAGAUGGAGAAGUGCAACACCAAGUCAUGCCUCACGACCACGGCAAGAAGUUGGCAAAGUUCUACUACGCGAGCGAGAAAACUAUUCAAAAAGCUAUUCAGGUGUCUGUGAGUGCUCAAAAGAAAUGGGACCGUACCCCGUUAGAAGAGCGCGUGCGUAUCUGGGAGAAGGCGGCGGAGAUGAUGGCGGGUGCGCAUCGCCAGCGCCUCAACGCCGCCACGAUGCUUGGCCAGUCAAAGUCAGUUGUCCAAGCUGAGAUAGACUCUGCCGCAGAACUCAUUGAUUUCUUCAGGUUCAAUGUGUUCUUUCUUAAGGAAAAUGCAAAAUAUCAACCAAUUUCUGAAAACCCAACAAUUACAAGAAACAGUAUGAGGUUCAGAGGAAUUGAUGGGUUCAUCGCAGCAAUUAGCCCAUUUAAUUUCACUGCAAUUGGAGGUAAUUUAGCAUAUACUCCUGCCCUGAUGGGUAAUGGCGUCCUGUGGAAACCAUCAGAUACAGCUCUUCUUUCUAACUGGAGGAUAUUUAACAUAAUGAGAGAGGCGGGAUUGCCAGCUGGUGUUGUGAACUUUGUGCCUGCUGAUGGGCCCACCUUUGGGCGCACUAUUACUGCAUCACCGGAUCUUGCUGGUGUUAAUUUUACUGGUUCUGUACCAACUUUCAAUUGGCUAUGGAAUGAAGUUGGAAAAAACUUGAACCGUUACAAAAACUAUCCAAGACUGAUUGGAGAAUGUGGAGGAAAAAACUAUCAUUUUGUUCACCCAAGUGCAGAUGCAAGGUCAGUUGUGACUGCCACCAUCCGUUCUUCAUUUGAGUACUGUGGACAGAAGUGCUCUGCUUGCUCCAGAAUGUACAUUCCCAGGUCUCUAUAUGAACCUAUCAAGCAAGGCUUACUUGAGGAGCGAUCCAAAUUGAAAGUAGGAGAUCCAAAUGAUUUCUCCAUAUUUACUGGUGCUGUAAUUGACAACAAGGCUUUUGCCAGAAUUACUGGUUACAUCAAAGGUGCAAAGAACAAUGCAAAAAAUAAAAUUUUGGGAGGUGGGGAGUAUGAUGAUAGCAAAGGCUACUUUGUCCAGCCUACUAUUAUUGAGACGGUGGAUCCUCAUGACAAGCUGAUGACAGAAGAAAUCUUUGGGCCUGUCCUAACAAUGUAUGUGUAUGAAGACCGUGAUGUUAUGAAAGCUCUUGCUUUAGUGGGCUCAUCCACUAAAUUUGCUCUAACAGGAGCGGUGUUUGCGAAUGAUAAGGCCUUCCAGCAGACAGCAUUGGAGGAAUUGAAGACCACAGCUGGCAAUUUCUACAUCAAUGACAAAUCGACCGGCUCUGUGGUUGGACAACAACCAUUCGGUGGUGGGCGGAUGUCUGGAACAAAUGAUAAGGCAGGAGGACCCAACUAUGUCAUGCGCUGGACUUCACCACAGUCUAUCAAGGAAACAUUUGUCCCUCUCAGGGAGAUUGACUACCCUUACAUGAGAGAUUAGGCAUUCAGUUGCUUAUAUUUAUGCUCACCAUUAUGUACUAAGCUACUUGGAGUACAAUAAUAAACCUUAGUUUAAGCAUCAAACAAUAAUAGCUAUAGAAGUAUUGUAGUAAGCAAAAUAUAUCAACUAACCUCUGAUACUAGUGCUGUUGUUAAACUUCAUAUUCAUAAUCUGAUAUUUGAACUAAUGCAUUAGGUAAUAUGUGUAGUAGACAAAAAUGUGUUAAUACAAUUACAUAUAAUUAGAUUUAAUUGAGUUACCUUGUGAUAUAGAAUGAUGGAUGUCAGUUUGUGUGAUGUAAUUGCUCUCCUUUAUGCAGCAGCCCGGUGGGCGGCAGAAGGCGUCGCACACGCGCCGCCAAGCCACAACUGACUUUAUCAAAUGUUAUUUGCGUUGCCCCAGCUUAUCAUUCAAAUGCUCCCUACUCACAGCUUAUAUCUUAUCAGUCCGCUCUCUGAGACAACUGCAUUUAAACAUUUUUCUAUAUUUAUUUUAAAUAUUAACUUGUUAGUGAUUUCUGUUGUAAAUUUUAUGCUUGUUUUAAAUGUUUAAGUUUAUGGAGCACUUGCUCAAUUCUCAAACAACAAUAAUGUUGCUUUAUAUACAUUUUUUAUUAGUCAUCGCUUUAGACAAUUGUUGAAUCCUUAAUAAUUAUGAAAAAUCAAUAAAUAAUGAUAUUGUUUCA